GGGAGGCUGAGUGGGAGGCCGAGAAACGAAAGAGGGAAGAACGAGUUAGACAAGAAGAGGAGGAACAGAGGAGGACGGAGGAAGAAGAAGAAAGGAUUAGGGAUUUGAAAAUUCAGUCACAGUCAGGCAGUUCAUAUACACCGGAUAGUGAAGAAGAAAGUGAAGAAGAAUUCUUCCCAAGAAGUUUGAGAAACAAGGCUUCUAAUAGGGAAAUUAACUCCAACAGACAACAGAAAAAAGUGGCACCUGUGAUGGUUGAAAGUGACAGUGAGAUCAACUCCAAUGGAAAGAGGAAAUUGGUAGAAAGUGAAGGUGAUAUCAAGUCUAACCGAAAACUGGGAAAAAAAGCACCUGCGAUAGUAGAAAGUGACAGUGACAAAGAAGAUGAGCCAUAUGUGGCACCAGUGAUGGUUGAAAGUGACAGUGAGAUCAACUCCAAUGGAAAGAGGAAAUUGGUAGAAAGUGAUGGUGAUAUCAAGUCUAACCAAAAACUGGGAAAAAAAGCACCUGCGAUAGUAGAAAGUGACAGUGACAAAGAAGAUGAGCCAUAUGUGGCACCUGUGAUGGUUGAAAGUGACAGUGAGAUCAACUCCAAUGGAAAGAGGAAAUUGGUAGAAAGUGAUGGUGAUAUCAAGUCUAAUCGAAAACUGGGAAAAAAGGCACCUGCGAUAGUAGAAAGUGACAGUGACAAAGAAGAUGAGCCAUAUGUAGCUGCAUCAAAUACAAAACCCAACGGACCAAGGAAAUGGGAUUCAUAUUCAUACUGUCUAUAUUGCGGUAAGAAGCAGUCACAGCUUAAACGCCAUCUGUUACGAAAGCACACAGAUGAGUCAAUGGUUGCAGAAGCCCAGGCAACAGUUGAUGAUAACAGAAAAACGCAAAUAUGGUCAAAAAUAAAGAAAUUAGGGGACUUUGAGCACAAUCAAAAGGUACACAUUGGAGAAGCAAUGGAUUUAAAAGUAACAAAGAGGCCUAAAUAUAAAGCGAAAUAUGAUGUGAAUGAUUACGUCCCAUGCUCUUAUUGUUACGGAUAUUACCAUAUUCAUUCCCUGUACAUUCACAGAAAAAAUUGUAAAGCAAAAGAUGGAAGCAAGAACAAUGCAACAAACAAAAACAUGCAUGUGAAAAGUGGUAGAGCUCUUAUACCUAUGAAGCAUAGCACAACAAGUCAAUGUCGCAGAGCAGUUGAUUCAAUGGGUUGCAAUGAUAUAUCACUAAUAAUAAAAAAUGAUCAAGACAUCCUUGGUGUUGGACAGAAUCACUUAGGAAAAAGCAAUUCUGCUAAGAAGGAAGAAACAUGCAGAGAAAAAAUGAGGACAGUCGCAAAAGUUCUACAAGCAGCAAGAAGCAUUGACACAAGUAUUGUAAAUGCGUCAGACAUGCUUACUCCUAGCAAAUUUGAUACUGUAGUUAAGGCUUCUCUUGUUGUAAGCAAAUAUGAUGAAGGCACACAAAAACAUGGGGCAUACUCUACUGCUCUCAAGCUUGGACCAUUUCUUAAAGACCUGGUGGUGGUUGUCAGGGGCAAGUAUACCAGACAACAUAUGGAAGACCAUGUGAAGACGGUCAAUGAAUUUGAAAGGUUGCUUGUUGAUGAGUGGAACAUUCAUGUGACUUCCUCUGCACUGCAGCAGCGCACCGAGAAGAAUUGGAAAAACCCUAGGACACUGCCUCUCACACAAGAUGUUGUUCAAUUUAACAAGUAUCUUGCAGAAACAGAGAAAGAAAUAAAGACAGACAUAGAAGAAGCUGGCAUGUCACCAGAUCUAUACAGAGAUUUGGCCAAUGUAACUCUAGCGCAAAUUGUAACAUACAAUAGAAGACGACCUGGGGAAGUAGAAAGAAUGAAAGUAGAUGAAUACAGAGAGCAGAUCACCAAGACUGACAUAUGCCAUGAUGAAAUUUUCAAGACUCUCACAAUGUCAGAGAAGGCAGCAAUGAAUCGGCUGAAGAUGGUAAAGGUCAGAGGCAAGAGAGGAAGGGGAGUUCCAGUCUUUUUGACUGAAAACACAAAACAGAGUGUGGAUAUGAUAAUAGACUACCAUGACCAAAGGCAAAGAGAUGAUGAGCCACGCAGAUACAUAUUCUCUCGAGCAUGUGACACUGCUAGUACUCCGUACAGAGCCUGUGACGCAAUGAAAACACUUACUGAUAAGGCAGAUCUUAUGAAGCCAGAAAAUGUCAGGUGUACACGACUACGGAAACAUAUAGCAACUACGUCCCAGCUGCUGAACUUAAAUGAUCAUGAGUUAGAGCAGUUGGCCAAUAUGAUGGGUCAUGAUGUUCGUAUUCAUCGAGAAUAUUACAGACUUCCGCAAGAUGUCCUGCUGUUGGCAAAGGCUAGCAAACUACUCACAAUAUCUGCAAAAGGUGAAAUGCACAAAUAUGCUGGAAAGUCACUUGAGGAAAUUGAGCUGAGUCCAGACGACACUGUAGAUCUAGAUGAAACCGACCAAACAAUGUCGGGAGACACACAGACUGAAUAUAGUGAUGAAGAGACUGGACCUCGUGAUCAGUGUAGACAAGAGCCCUGGAGGAAGCGAUGCAGAAACAGUAGUUAG